AUGGCACCUCCCUGGCGUAUCCUAGCAGGAAAGACUGCGUGCGUGACUGGCGGCACCACAGGCAUUGGUCGCGCCAUUACUCUGGAAUACCUCCGCCAAGGCUGCAAUGUCGCCGUCAACCAUUUGGGCCUCGAGCGAGAUGAGUCUUUGCGACGGAGUCUCAUUCAGGAAGCAGAUGCUAUCCGAUCAAGCGGACCAAAGGGACAUGCUGCUGCAGGUCAAAUCAUUGAUGUCCAAGGCGAUAUCACUGAUCCGUCCAGCAGCGAAACCUUGAUCGGAGAAGCGGUCAAGAAAUGGGGCAAACUCGACAUUUUUGUGGCCAACGCGGGCAUUUUCAAGCCUUGUCCGUUCCUACAAAUUGAAAAAGACUUUUUCGACAAGUCCAUCAACACUAACGUAAAUGGCACUUUCUACUCUUUUCAAGCUGCAGCAAGGCAGAUGGUCAAGCAGGGGACGGGCGGCUCUAUCAUUGGGGUUUCAUCAAUUAGCGCACUCGUAGGCGGUGGUUUACAGGUGCAUUAUACACCCACCAAGGCAGCAGUCUCGUCCAUGAUCCAGUCAAUGGCCAUUGCCCUAGCCAAGGAUAAGAUUCGGUGCAAUGCUCUACUUCCCGGAACCAUCCAUACACAAUUGGCAGAUGAGGACAUGGCAAAUGAAGUGAAACGGAAAUACCUGGAACACCGAAUCCCCAUGGGUCGUGUAGGACGGCCUGAAGAUAUGGCAGGACCAGCUGUAUUCUUAGCUUCAGAUGACCUGAGCGGAUACAUGACCGGGUCACAGCUGUUGGCAGAUGGAGGCAUGUUUGUUCACUUGCAGUAA